AUGGCGUCGACAGCAGGAUAUCAACCCCUCCACGACGACGACACACCACUCAGACCAACCAUCAUAGCCGGCAUAAUCUCAACCUGGAUCGCAACCUUCCUCGCAGCCGCCGACAGCACCAUCACAUCAACUCUCUCCGCCACAAUCGCCAACGAAUUCGACUCCCUCAGCAUCAUAUCAUGGCUCGGCUCCGGAUACCUAAUCGGCCUGACAGCAACACAACCACUCAGCGGGAAAUUAAGCGAUAUCUUCGGUCGGCGGGCUAGUUUUUGCUGCGCUUGUUGCAUGUUUACCAUCGGUAAUCUUGUUUGUGGACUCGCCGGGUCGAAAAUGGUUCUCAUCACUGCGCGCGUUGUUACUGGUAUCGGCGGUGGGGGAUCUAUCUCGAUUGCUACGUUUAUCGCAUCGGAUAAUAUUCCCCUCAAGAGACGUGGGAUAUGGCAGGGAACUGGGGCUGUGGUUUAUACGGCAGGGAUGGGGCUUGGGGCUGUGAUUGGGGGUGCUGUUAAUGAUGCGGUUGGGUGGAGAUGGGCGUUUCUUGGGAUUGCGCCUGUUUCAUUGCUUGCUGGGAUUGGAGUUGCGAUGUUUGUACCGGGUUAUACCGACGAUACACAGGGUUGGCGGGAGUUAUUGAGUCGUGUUGACUUUGCUGGUGCUGCGACAUUGGUCGCGUCUUUGAUACUGCUCCUCGUUGGCCUGAACCAUGACGGGCCUGAGCUUGUCACUGGCCUGUUCGCGAUUACUGUUCCGCUGGGGUUACUUCUCCUCGCUGGCUUUGUGUUGAUUGAGUGGCGAUGGGCCAGAGAGCCAAUCAUUCCACUGUCGCUCUUCCGUCAACGGACGGUUGUGGCCGCCUGUCUGACUGCUUGGUUCAUGUCGAUGGCCUUCUAUGCGCUCACAUUUUAUGUGCCGCUGUACAUGAAGAUGCUGGGCCAUUCCACGAGCCAAAUCGGACUGCGUCUUCUACCUGACUCGAUUGGUGCUGGACUCGGGUCUUUCCUGGUUGGACUGGUCAUCCGAGUGACAGGCAGAUACGGUGUUUUCCGGUAUACCGUGACUCUUCUGCUAGUGCUAGCAUCGAUGGGCUAUGCCUUGAUCUCGGUUAACACGCCGUGGAUUCUUCCAGAGGUGUAUCUGUUAUGCAAAGGCUUUGGCAUGGGCGGAGCUCUGACGAUGCUGAUAUUGGCCCUGCUGCAUUCCGUACCGCAUGAGAGACAUGCUACUGCCACGUCUGCCUUGUAUGCUUUUCGGUCGACUGGAGCGACCGUGGGGCUUUCAGCUGCCAGUACAAUGUUCUACCAUCGGAUGAACCAGAACAUGCUGAACAACGGGUCUAGCUGCCAGGAGGGAGAUCCGUGUUAUCUAGAUGCUCUGCAUGGAGCUUUCCAGCUCGCAUUAGCCUUUGCUACUGCCGGAUUAGUGUCUGCUUUGUUUGUCUCAACGUAUGAUAAACGUGGAAAGGAGGAUGAAGGACAGGAAAUGGAUGAAAAUGAGUGA